AUGCGAGGCGGAGUUUUGGCAUACCUUUUAUAUCAGUGUGUAGAUGUACUUAAGAGAAAAACAGUCAUUCAGUCUUCAUCUCUCAGGCUAGAUCUUUCUAAUGAAGAAAAUAUCUAUAAGCUAACUUAAGAUGAAUUCGAUAUUGCAUAUAAAGUUGAAUACAGCCUCUUAAAAACAGAACCUGAAGUUUAAGAGAAUUUAGAUCAAUACGCUUAUGUUUAGCUCAGUUAAAAUAUAUAUCCCUGGGUAACAGAAAAUGGAAGAAGCAUUUAAUUGAGACAAAGGUACAGAAUAGAAACUGAAAUUUGCUAGUAUGGUAGAUUAGGACUCUAAGAGGACAGUAUUGAUUAUUUAAACAUUAUAAAAACUUAUCAAUGCCCAAAAACACUAGAUUUCUAGCUUUAAGGUAGCUAUUCAGCAAGAGUAGCACAGUAGGUAUAGAUAGGAGUAUUUCCUUGCAAUUAAACUUAUCUUGACAUUACAAAUAAUGGCAAAAAAUGCAAGUCAAAAGAGGAGCAGUUAAGAGUCGGUGCUAAUUUAAAGUUAUUUGUAGUGGUGUAAAACUCAUUCUUUGACUAGGAUAAUUUCAGUGACAACUUGAUAAAAACUUCUCUUAAGCCUUAUUUUUUGUCUCCAAGCUAUAAUCAAAGCCACUCUUAUUUAUUCCUGCUUAGUAAGAAUUUGGUCUAAUUAAGAGAUUCAAUGUUUUAUUCAGAAAUAGUAGAAAAGUAAUAUAUUGAGACAAGAUUGGAUUACUUUAAUGUUCAAGAGCUAACUGCAGAUGGUCAAACAUCCUUUGUAGCAUUUACAUUACAGAUGGAUGAUACUGUUAAAACAAUUAAUUGA